CUCUUACAUGCCGCAGGAGGAUUGCACUCAGCAGGCGAUGCAGCUUGUUUCCUCUGUGAUGAAUAUGUUAGAUGGUCAGAUUCCCGAGGAGAUGUGGGAGGAUAUUCAAGAGGAGCUUAUGCGAGUGAUCCAGCCUACUGCUACUUUUGCGAUGGUUUAUAGGCAAAUAAUGAAAUCUUGUAGAAGGCGGGUUCCUACUCGGGUGCAAAGCCAGAUUAUGAACUUCUUGGCCACUCAAAAGGCAUUUACUGGUAGUGGAGAGAGUAGCAGACAGAUUGGAGAUGAUACUAUUGGGAGCACGAGUCGUAGGGAUGGAUCCGCCAGUGGCAACGCGGACGAUGACAUGGAUAGGGCGGAUGACCUAUCUUAGUGAGUUAUAUCCUAAACUCGUGUUUGUAUAUUGUGGACAUCUUUAUAGUUGAGAUUAUGAUACUCGUGUUUGUAUAUUGUGGAUUUAGAACUUAUGAUAUGUGUGUAUUGUUUGUUGUGAAAAUUAUUAUUGUGGAUUUGGA